CGUCCGACCACCGGGUACACGAAACGAUUUUGGUAGGAAGUUAAAUUUCUUCACCCGCCACCGCUCGCUCGUCGGCUUAUCGUACAUGUGUUUCGGAAAAAAAAAAUAUAUAAAAAGACCAACGUCCAUCAGACGUCUACAGUCGCAGUUGAACCGUUACCGCCAAGACUAUCGCCAAAGAAACAAUUAAUUUUUACUUUUAUCGCCAAUUCGUUAACACAUUCACUCAAGACAUCAUGAACAAAUUGACUAUUAUUUUGGUGGUGGCGAUUGCCGCUCAAACCAUAGGCAAGCCACAUCAUCAACAAGGCCACCAAGGGUUGGGCGGAUCCGGAUACAGCAAUUCCGGCGGCGGCUUCGGUUCGUCGCAAAACCAACAACAGUCGAGCUUCGGCGCCGGCCAAAGCAACUUGGACGUCGAAUCGGGUUACAGCAACAAGCGCGUUGAGUCGUUCGGUGCUGGCGGUUCAACGGCCCAGGGGGCGUCUGGAUUCAACCAGGGGGGCAGCUCUCUGAACGGAUACAACAGCGGCAUCCGCGGUAACGGAGCUGGACUCAACGGCAUUGGACAGAGCGGUAUCCGCGGCAACAGUGGCGGAUUAGGCAGUGGCGGAUUGGGCAGCGGCGGGUUGGGCAGCAGCGGAUUAAGUAGCAACAGUGGGUUCGCCAACGGUGGUUCCCAGUAUGGCCAACAGUCCGGAGGCGUGCGAGGAACUGUGGUUGAAGAGAAUUCCGGAUUCACUUCCGUUCACAAAAACCGCGAGGGACAAACCGGCAGCAGCGGUAUUUCCGGCAGCUCGUCUCAUGGUGGUCACCAUCAACAACACGGUCACCACGGCGGCUACUAAUAGUUAUGACAACCUCGUGUAAUUAAUUAACAAUUGACAAGUCACUAGAGAUAGCGAUAUUAUAAUUUUAACUCGCUAAAAUAUCCAAUUUCAUUAAUUCAUUAUUAUUAUACAUGUGAUUUUUAAUUUAAUUUAAUUUUGUAUAAUGUCCUUUUUGACGAACUCGAUUCAAACAUCGUUCAUGUAUGUAUUCAUAUAAUAUAUAGUGCUUUUAUUUUAUUUAUUUA